AGAGAUAGACAAAACAAAACAGAGAAACAGAGAGAGUUUAAUUGAUUGGUUGAUUUUGAUUCCCUUGGUAAAGAGAGAAAACACAGAGCUUUGAAAAAUGGAGUCGCAGAUGACACGUCCUUAUGGUCAAGAUCAAGCAGAGGAUCCAAUCAGAAUUCACCAUCCAGAGGAAGAAGAGCAUCAAGAGAAAGGAGCAUCUAAAGUGAUGAAGAAAGUGAAGGAAAAAGCUAAGAAGAUCAAGAACAGUCUUACUAAACAUGGCAAUGGUCAUGAGCAUGAUCAUGAUGUGGAGGAAGAGGAUGAUGAAUAUGACGAGCAAAACCCAGAAGUGCACGGCGCACCAGUGUAUGAAUCAUCUGCCGUGAGAGGCGGUGUAACGGGUCAGCCUGAGUCACAGAGUCACACCGGAGAAACUAAGGUUCCGGCACCGGAAGAGAUCAUUCCACCAGGAACAAAGUUUUUUCCGGUUGUAUCUUCCGAUCAGACCAAACCCGUUGAGCCUGAGCCAUUACAAGAAGCCUCUUACAGACAUGAGGCACCGUCUCAUCCUGUAAGAAUGUCAGAUAGGGAGGAGAGAAGAGAGGCAACGGCUCAUAACACUCCUGCGUCUCUGCUCUCAUCAACAGAGGAUGUGACGAGGACGUUUGCUCCUGGCGAAGAUGAAUACCUCGGUGGUCAACGGAGAGUCAACGUCGAGAGGCCUAAAGGGUUGGAGAAAGAUCCGUCUAGUCCAGGAGGAGGGUCUGAUUAUCUUAGUGGUGUACCUAAUUAUCAGUCCAAAGUUACUGAUCCAACCCAUAAAGGUGGAGAAGCUGGAGUACCAGAGAUUGCUGAUUCUCUGGGUAGGAUGAAAGUGACAGAUGAGAAACCAGGACGAGGAUUUGAGAGAGACUUGCCGACGAGAAGCCAUGAAAACGAAUCUAAAUGCGGAGAGGGUUUUCCGGCGGGAUUUGGAGGGGAAUCAGGAGCUGGAGUAGGGAAAGAUUUUCCGACGAGAAGUGAUGAUGUGAAAGCAGAGACUGGGCUGGGAAAGAACUUACCGACGGGGACUCAUGAUCAGUUCUCACCGGAACUUUCUCGUCCCAAAGAGAGAAACGAUUUCGAUUCAAAAGAUGAGUCAAAACCAAGCACCUAUACAGAGAAGAUCGGUUCAGCGACGUCGUUCGUAACCGGAAAAGCCAUAGCUGCUAAGAACGCCGUAGCUUCAAAGCUAGGCUACUCCGGUGAAACCACCGGCGGAGGCGGGCAACACGAGAGCCCUUUGGGGGGAGAUGAGAAAAUGAGAUCCUCUGGACAACACGAGACCCCUGUCGGAGAGGAAACUCCGAGAUCCGCCACGGGUUAUGGACAGAAAAUGGCCGGAACCGUUGCGGAGAAGUUGACUCCGGUCUACGAGAAGGUCAAAGAAACAGGAUCAGCCGUGAUGACGAAACUGCCUCUUUCCGGAGGUGGAAGUGGAGCGGAGGAGAAACAGCAAGUGGGAGACAAAGGUGUGGCCGGUAAAGGUUAUCUGGCGGAGAAAUUUAGCCCUGGAGAAGACGACAAAGCUUUGUCUGAGGUGAUCGCCGAGAAACUUCAUCUCGGAGGAGGAGAGAAGAAGACGACGACGACUAAGGAGGUGGAAGUGACAGUGGAGAAGAUCCCUUCCGACAAGAUAUCGGAGGAGAGAGUGCACGGUGAUGUGACUGCAGAGGAAGGAAAAGGAGGAGGAGGAAUGGUGGGGAAAGUUAAAGGAGCGGUUACUUCUUGGCUCGGUGGUUCGACGGAGAAGGAGGUGAAACCAAAGUCUGUAGAUUCUGGUGAAGAGUCUUCUCAAUCACUUGGUUCCACCGUUGGGACAAUGGGAUUUUCAGAUUCCAGUGGAGCUGUACCGGCGCAGAGGGGACUUCAAGAAUCUGGUAACUGAGAUUUGGGUUUUAAAAAGCUUUUGUAUGUUCUUCAAGUGUAUGUGUUGUUGUUUUGUUGAUAAUGCUUUUUGUGUGUGAUUUCGAUGUAAUCUUUUUGUUUGUGUAAAAAGGCAAUAAUAUUGGAGGUUAUACAAUAUUUGCCAUCAUCUGCUUUGGAUUUAAAUAAAUUUCCGUACCAAAUGUACCAAUGUCUAAAUGGUAAAACAUUAUAAUGGAAUUGGAGGGG